AUGCCGGUGACCUUCGAGGAGGUGGCUGUGUAUUUCACCCAGGGGCAGGGGGCUCUGCUGGACCCCGCUCAGAGAGCCCUCUACAGGGAUGUCAUGCAGGAGAACUAUGAGAUGGUGACCUCGCUGGGAUUUCCCAUUCCCAAACCUGAGCUGAUCGCCUGGCUGGAACGAGGGGAGGAGCCAUGGGUGCCCGAUCUCCAGGCCUGCGAGGAAAGAAAGCUUCCGAGAUGCACCCGCACAGGAGAAAGACCCCACAAGUGCUUGGACUGUGGGAAAAGUUUCACAAACAGGUCAAACCUUGUUAAACAUCAGGCAAUCCACACAGGAGAAAGACCCCACAAGUGCUUGGACUGUGGGAAAAGUUUCAUACAGAGGUCACACCUAGUUCGUCAUCAGGCAAUCCACACAGGAGAGAGACCCCACAAGUGCUUGGACUGUGGGAAAAAUUUCAUACGGAGUUCACAGCUUGUUCACCAUCAGGCAUUACACACAGGAGAAAGACCCCACAAGUGCUUGGACUGUGGGAAAAGUUUCAUACAGAGGACACACCUAGUUCGUCAUCAAGCAAUCCACACAGGAGAGAGACCCCACAAGUGCUUGGACUGUGGGAAAAGUUUCAUAAGAAGGUCACACCUUGUUAAACAUCAGGCAUUACACACAGGAGAAAGACCCCACAAGUGCUUGGACUGUGGGAAAAGUUUCAUAGAGAGGACACACCUAGUUUAUCAUCAGGCAAUCCACACAGGAGCGAGACCCCACAAGUGCUUGGACUGUGGGACAAGUUUCAUACAAAGAUCAAACCUCGUUCAACAUCAGGCACUCCACACAGGAGAGAGACCCCACAAGUGCUUGGAGUGUGGGAAAAGUUUCAGAAGAAAGUCAACCCUUGUUGAACAUCAGGCAAUCCAUGCAGGAGAGAGACCCCACAAGUGCUUGGACUGUGGGAAAAGUUUCAUAACAAGGUCACAACUUGUUCAACAUCAGGUAAUCCAUACAGGAGAGAGACCACAGAAAUGCUUGGACUGUGGGAAAUGUUUCAAAAGAAAGUCAAACCUUGUUAAACAUCAGGCAUUACACACAGGAGAAAGACCCCACAAGUGCUUGGACUGUGGGAAAAGUUUCAUAACAAGGUCACAACUUGUUCAACAUCAGGUAAUCCACACAGGAGCGAGACCUCACAAGUGCUUGGACUGUGGGAAAGAUUACAUACAAAGGUCAGACCUUGUUCAACAUCAGGGAAUCCACACAGGAGAGACUCCAGAGGUGCUUGGACUGUGGGAAAAUUUUCAUACGGAGGUCUGACCUCAUUA